AUGGCGGCCUCCACCACCUCGCAGCACCGGCCCAUCAAGGGGAUCCUGAAGAACAAAGGCUCCACGGCUUCCUCGAUGGCGGCCUCCACCCAGCAGUCCGGAGGGGCUACCCAGGAGGUGCAGAGAAAAAAGUCCCAGAAGUGGGACGAAUCGAACAUCCUGGCGACAUACCGCCCAGCAUACAGAGAUCAUGAAUUAAUGAAGACAAAUGAGCCCAGUAGUCCGCACCUCAGUGUGCAAGAUGAUGGGGAAGAUGCAAUGAGUGGUUUAGAAGCAAAAGAAGUCAUGACCCUAGACGUCUUAGCCUUGAAAUUAGCUGUCACUGAUAUGUCGGAGUCCAACUAUCAGGUCGGGGAGCCAGAGAGCCACGGGGCGCACACCAGCAAAAUCUUCCUCGACAUUCAAGAAAAACAUCGGCAGUUCGAAAUGAAAAGAAAGCUUCACUACAACGAGGGGCUGAACAUCAAAUUAGCUAGACAAUUAAUUUCGAAAGAGCUACAACUGGAAGAAGAGGAUAAAAACGAAGAAAGUCUACAUGCUACUAACGAAGAGAAGACUACUACAGAAGAAUCGGAUGAAGGUCCUCACGGUGAUGAACUGCAAACCCAGGGCCGCUAUGCGUAG